ACAAAGCACACAGACGAGACAGUGAUUAACAACGCCGAGACGAGUUACCCCGGAGCCCUCACUCGGAGCGGAGCCCACACGCGCGCGGAGCGACCGCGGGCACGACGACGACGACGCGCCCCGUCUCGCCGCCAGCGCCUCGUCGCCACCGCGGCGCGGAUCCUCCCCAGAGUGCCAAGGCAGUCGUCGUCUUCGUCGUCGCUGCCGUACAACGCAGCCACCCGCCAGGGCAACAGAUGGCCCCAACCGGGAGCUGGGCGGGCACCGUGGGGGGCCUUGCCGGCGGAGGACCCCCCCCCAUCCUCGGGUGGAUGCUGCUGCUGCUGCUGCUCGCCGCAGGUCCGGCCGCCAGCCAGCUCAUGGCGGCCGCGGCUGAGAGCGAGGAGGCCCUGGAGGCCAGGUGCAAGCGGCCUCCGGUGUGGUCGAUAGGCGGUGGCGGCGUGGUGCCAAUGACGGAGCGGCUGGGCAGCGUGGUGGUGCUGGCGCUGCUUAAGGCCAGCUGAUACUUCUGCUUGAAGCAGGCACACAGCCUGAAGGAGCUGCGGGCCCACCUGUGGAAGGAGGGCCUGCGGGGCAUCCACUACCUCAUCGUCAAUGACAAGAGCUCCGCCUCGCUGGCGCGCUACGAGCGUCUGAAGGCCCAGGUGCCGCCCGCCAUCCCCGUGCUGCAACACGCACCCAACGACACGGACGUGUGGAGCACGCUCGGCGGCACCAAGGACGACUUCUUCAUCUACGACCGAUGUGGACGGCUCGUGGCCAAGGUGGGGCUGCCCUUGAGCAUCCUGGCCUUCCCGUACGUGGAGGAGGCUGUGCGGCGCGCAUACUAUACACUGGAUGUGUGCGGGCCAUGCAACAAGACGAUGAAGUACAACACGACGGUGAAUGGCAGCGCGCCAUGGGAGGAGGAUCUGGAAGCAGCACAGAACGGCAAGGCGGCGGAAGUGCCCACCGCAGCCCCACUACCGCUGGGUGGCACGCGGGUGCUGCUGCUGCCCAACCUGCAGGGUCAACGCUCAAACUCCAAGCAGCAGCAGCAGCACGGCCAGCAUCACCACCACGUGCCGGAUGAAGAACCAGAUCCGGAUAAAUCAAUUCUGGAUUAGCACUUAGCGAUUCACUCACCGGCUCACUCACAAACUCACAAGCUUACUCUCAUACCCCACCCACUAAUUCGCUGACCGAUGCAUUAAAUUAGCCAUCUCUCUCACUCGUUAAACUUAGCAAACAUCAACCUACUAGUAGACUCACACAAGUUAAUGAACUCACUCACACCCACCGAUUCAUAGACUUACCCACUAAUUGACUGAGCCUUUCACUCAUCGACUCACUCCCUUGCCAACCAAUUCACAACUCUCACCGACUUACCCACUCAUUCGCUUCUGACAUUAGUUUUUAGUCUCCACCUGAUUCUGGGACUCUUUAAGACCUUGAAACCACAAGGCCCCAACGGUAAAAUGCAAGGCAGGGUUGAUUGAGACGAGAAGCGGGUGUAUGAACGCACCUAUUCUGCAGUGGAUCCGCGUUGAGUUUUAAUGCGCAGGUUCAAACACAUACAUAAACUCUUAAUGCCACAUCCAAGCCGCACCUUGCGCAAUCAUGGACAACAUAGAACUGUGACGAGCAGGGACACGCGCGCGUACAUGGCGUGUCCCCGAUGUUUUUGUGCUAACCCAGGGUGUAGGGACCAGCGGUGCGCCAUCGCAGGUGAUGGUCGGCAGCUGCGUUGAAGUGGCUUCGCAAAAAACGGUGUUCUGGUGUUCUCACGGGGUCGACCGAGGAACGCUCGGGUCGCCCAGUUCCUCCCAGCUUGUUGCUUCGAUGACGACUGCAGCCAAACCCAGUCUCCUGGGGGCUGCAGCCUGAAGCUUGCAAAGGCAACUUGUUUCGGGGGAAGGGCAGCCGACACCCACAUCUACCGGCGAGCCCUCUGCGCUUCGCGUGCCGUGUUCAUGAAGGGGCUUGUGGGUAAAAAUCCACCACUCGCCCAGAGGCAGCCACAGUUGCAUCCACGGGGAUCGCGCGGGGCGAGGCAGAGGAGAAAGCGGUGUCCGAGAGUGACGCUUGUUAAUCCCCGGGUGAGAUGAAAGCCCCCGUGCAAAUAAAGCUACCGCGAAUU